AUGUCCGAGACCGUCAAACGAGCCCAAGAUGAUGCUCCGCCAGCUGUUGAACCCUCUGUGAAGAGGACGAAAUUGGAUGAUCCUGCAGGCUCCGGGAUCACGGAGACGGAUGUCGGUAUCACUUACUUCCUGUCCAAAGGUAUCCCCGGGUUUCAAGGGCAGAUUAAGCAGCGGUACACUGAUUUUCUGGUCAAUGAGAUUGAUAAGGCAGGUCAAGUGGUCCAUUUGAUGGACAAAGGGUUUAAGAUGCCAAAGAAACCGCAGCUUUCGAGAGAGGAAAAAGAUGCGAAGCGCGAGGCAGAGUUGGCGAAGAGGCAGGAUUUCGCAGUAGAACCGGAAUUGAGAGCCGAGCUAGUAGCAAUUUUUGGUGAAGAAGAUGUUGGUGAGAUUGAGGCUGUGUACAAGAAUGCCAGUAAAAUGGAGAGCAAGAAAUCCUUCGAUGACAAAAACACAAGGACCAAGAUUCACCAGUUGUUGCGCGCAGCUUUCAAUAAUGAGUUGGAGUCGGUUACCACGGCAAUGAACACUUUCAAAAUUGCUAGAAAUUCGCAGAAUUCGAGGGUCAAUAAGAAAGAAUUGAUUGAACUAACGAAGGAUGCGAACGGUGUUGAAAACUGGGGUUAUGGUCCAAAUAAAGAGUUUCUUCAUUUCACUCUCUACAAAGAAAACAAAGAUACUAUGGACGCUGUAAACACCAUUUGUAAACUUUUACGGACACCAACGAGAAUGAUGAGGUAUGCCGGGACAAAAGACCGUAGAGCUGUAACGUGUCAACGAUUGUCGAUCUCGAAGUUCGGUGUUGACAGAAUCAACGCUUUGAACAGAACCCUGAAGGGUAUGACCGUCGGUGGCUUCAGUUACAAAGAUACCACUUUGAGUUUGGGCGAUCUUUCCGGGAACGAGUUUGUUAUCGUCGUUAGAGACGUGAAAGUGCAGGAAAAUUCUGACACUAGCUUAAACAAUAUCAUGGAAAAGGGCUGUCAGUCUCUCACUGAAAAGGGGUUCAUCAACUAUUUUGGUUUGCAAAGAUUUGGGACAUUCAGUAUCUCAACACACGCCGUUGGGAAGGAGUUGCUUUUGGGUAACUGGGAAGUUGCAGCUGAAUUGAUCCUUUCUGAUCAAGAAAGCGUCCUGCAAAAAUCCAAAGAAGCUAGGCAAAUUUGGGCCCAGACGAAGGAUGCGCAUGCUGCUUUGAAGCUAAUGCCAAGACAGUGUAUCGCUGAGAACGCUGUCUUGUUUUGUCUCUCUAACCAAAGGAAGGAAGAUAAUGGCACGUAUUCUCCGAACGCGUAUUACAACGCUAUUAUGAAAAUUCCAAGGAAUUUAAGGACAAUGUAUGUCCACGCCUACCAAAGUUACAUCUGGAACUCCGUCGCGAGUAAAAGAAUUGAGAUGCAUGGAUUGGACGUUAUUGUUGGGGAUUUGGUUGUUGAUGACUCCGUUGACUCUGUAAAAGAAAGCAUAGACGAGGAAGAGGAUCUGGACGAAGAUUUGAGAGAUGCAACAUUUAUUCGUGCCAAGGCCUUGAGUCAAGCUGAUAUUGAUUCUGGGAAGUACAGCAUCACUGAUGUCGUUUUGCCCACCCCUGGGUUUGACAUCAUUUACCCGUCAAACAAAGAAUUGAGCGAUUUGUACGUGACUACCAUGGCCAAGGAUGGUAUGGACCCCGCUGAUAUGAGAAGGAAAGUGCGUGACUUUUCUAUGGCCGGUUCCUAUAGAAAUGUCAUUCAAAAACCGAAGGAACUCGAAUAUAAAAUUGUUCAUUACGAUGACCCCACACAGCAACUGGUCAACACAGACUUGGAAAUUUUGAAUAACAAGAUUGGACAGGAAAACUGUCAGAAAUACAUGAAGGUAAAAUUGGAAAGAUACAUGCCCGAUAAACCAGAUGGCAAAAUGACAGCUGUAAUUUUGAAGUUCCAAUUGGACACAUCAUCCUAUGCUACUAUGUUACUGCGUGAACUCAUGAAGCUAGAGACAUCACGUCGUGGUGAUAUGUGUGAUGUUAGAAAUUGUAAAAUUUUUUUCUUUUGUUCCAAACUCCUACAUAAAUACUUUGUACAUUAA